CGGCCUGGGCGAUGAGGGUUCCGGCGCGGCGGUGCUGGGGGCCCCGGCUGUCCCGCAUCGUCGUGCGCGGGUGGCCGAGCUGCCAGUGGCGGGCGCUCGUCGGGCUCGGCGGGGCCUCCGGCCAGGAGAACUCCCGAGAUGCUCAGGUUCGCAAGAAGCCGCCCUGGCGGGUGCUUUUCUUCGGCACCGACCAAUUCGCCCGGGAGACGCUGCGAGCGCUGCACGCCGCCAGAGAAAACAAAGAGGAAGAGUUAAUUGAGAAACUGGAGGUGGUGACAGUACCUUCUCCAUCCUUGAAAGGCCUGCCUGUGAAGCAGUAUGCCGUGGAGUCCCAGCUUCAAGUACAUGAGUGGCCACACGUGGGAUCAGGAGACUUCGAUGUCGGGGUAGUGGCUUCCUUUGGCCGUCUUUUGAGUGAGACUCUUAUUCUUAAAUUUCCCUAUGGGGUACUCAAUGUCCACCCGAGCUGCCUGCCCCGCUGGCGAGGCCCGGCUCCCAUCAUCCACACGGUGCUUCACGGAGACACAGUGACCGGAGUAACAAUUAUGCAAAUCAGACCUAAAAGGUUUGAUGUCGGCCCAAUUCUCAAGCAAGAAACAGUCCCGGUGCCACCAAAGACCACCUCAAAGGAAUUGGAAGUGCUGCUGUCGCGACUGGGUGCCAGCAUGCUUAUUUCAGUUUUGAAAAACUUACCUGAAAAUCUGAGCAACGGAAGACAGCAGCCAACUGAGGGAGUGACUUACGCCCCUAAGAUUUCCACAGCUACCAGCUGUAUAAAGUGGGAGGAACAGACAUCGGAGCAGAUACUCAGGCUUUAUCGUGCCAUUGGAAAUAUAACUCCGUUGCAGACUCUCUGGAUGAAGAAGACCAUCAAACUUCUGGAUUUGGUGGAAGUUAACAACUCAGUCCUUAAAGAUCCAAAAUUAACAGAACAUGCUGUUAUUCCAGGUUCAGUGGUUUACCACAAACGGUCUCAGGUACUGCUGGUUUACUGCAAGGAUGGCUGGAUUGGUGUCCGAUCAGUGAUGCUUAAGAAAGCACUCACAGCUGCUGACUUCCACAAUGGAUACUUGCACCAGUGGCAUCAGAAAGGCUCCCCAGCUGAAGCACGCCAGUGCAGAUUUCACACACUCAGACUCCCGACCGAGAAGCGGAAAAAAAGAACUCGUUGCUGUGCAACAGUACACUAAAUAGGAAGGAGACAGA